AUGGGGGUCUCUGUGGGGCAGGAGAAGCCCAAGAUGUUCGCCAAGGGCACCGAGAUCACCGUGGGGCUCGUGGUGAAGAAACUCAACGAGAUCCUGCAGGCCCGCGGCAAGAAGGGCACGGACAGGUGGGGCUGCCCCAUAGAUCCUCCGGAGCUGUGGCAGAAGUGCCUGGGCUGCAUCGAGGAGCUGCUGGAGCUGCUUUUCGCCCACCCCGAAAUUUUCGUCGGCGAAAACGUCCUGGAGGAGUCGGAGAACCUGAGCAACCCCGAGCAGGACGUACGGGUCCGAGGGUGCACUUGUGGCCCCCAGGUGUCCCCAGGAGCCCCCAGGUGUGCCCAGGUGACCGCAGGUGCCGUUGCAGAGUACGUGGAGCACCUGAAGGACGAGGGCCGGGUGUGCGCCAUCAUCGCGCGGCUGCAGCGUUACCUGCAGGGCAAGGGCAGCCCCGAGGAGCUGUGCCGCGUUUACCUGCGCCGCGUCCUCCACACCUACUACAAGUUCGACUACGGCGCCGCCCGCAGGAAGGGCGGGGCCGGCCAGGUGAAGGAGGAGGGGCAGGAGAAGGAGGAGGAGGAAGAGGAGGAGGAUUCAGAGGCACUGAUGGAGAGGUUGUGCAGGUUCGUGUACGCCAAGGACCGCACGGACCGGAUCCGCACCUGCGCCAUCCUGUGCCACAUUUACCACCACGCCCUGCACAGCCGCUGGUACCGCGCCCGCGACCUGAUGCUGAUGUCACACCUGCAGGACAACAUCCAGCACGCCGACCCACCUGUGCAGAUCCUCUACAACCGCACCAUGGUGCAGCUGGGCAUCUGCGCCUUCCGGCAGGGGCUGAUCAAGGACGCGCACAACGCGCUGCUGGACAUCCAGUCCUCGGGCCGGGCCAAGGAGCUGCUGGGCCAGGGGCUGCUCCUGCGCAGCCUGCAGGAGCGCAACGCCGAGCAGGAGAAGGUGGAGAAGCGCCGCCAGGUGCCCUUCCACAUGCACGUCAACCUGGAGCUGCUGGAGUGCGUCUACCUGGUGGCGGCCAUGCUGCUGGAGAUCCCCUACAUGGCGGCGCACGAGUUCGACGCGCGCCGCAGGAUGAUCAGCAAGCAGUUCCACCACCAGCUGCGGGUGGGGGAGAGGCAGCCGCUGCUGGGGCCCCCCGAGUCGAUGCGGGAGCACGUGGUGGCCGCGUCCAAGGCGAUGAAGACGGGCGACUGGCGCCGCUGCCACCGCUUCGUGGUCAACGACAAAAUGAACGGCAAAGUCUGGGACCUGUUCCCCGAGGCCGAGCAGGUGCGCGCCAUGCUGGUCAGGUGA